AUGGGUUUAGGCCGAUAUAUAAGUCGUCGAUAUCAUUGGCUGGUCCAAUACAUAGCUCUACUUUUUGGAUUAUAUUUAAUUUAUUCAUUUGUAUCUUCUCCGUCUUCAGAUAAAAGUUCUGGAUUUGUUCAUCCAAAAGAACUUGAUCCAAUAGUUCAGCCAGAUUCUGUUUCAAUAAAACACUUUGAUCCAUUCGAAAGUUAUCGAGGGCAACCCAAAAAAGUGAGUAAUUGGAGAAAAAAUCAAUUUGAACAAGAAAAAUUCAGAAUUGGGAAGAUGUCGAAAAAUACGAAGCGGAAAAACGUCGCGAAGGCCCAGGAGAAUGGGGAAAACCAGUCAAUUUGCCAAAAGAUGAUCAAAUCGAAAAAGAAGCGGUAAUUAAUUGAGAAAAUAUUAAUUACUUCAAUUAAUUAUUCCAGCUCUCUUUGUACAAAGCAAAUGGAUAUAACGCUUAUAUUUCGGAUAUGAUUUCUUUGAAUCGAUCGAUAAAAGAUAUUCGACAUGAAAAAUGUAAAAUUAUGGAAUAUUCUAGCAAAUUACCAACUGUUUCUGUGAUUUUUCCAUUUCAUGAGGAGGUAUUUAUUUUUAAUUGCCACGUCAUUUUUGAAAUAAGGCAAUAAUUUUUCAGCAUAAUUCAACAUUGUUGCGAUCAGUUUACUCGAUUCUGAAUCGUUCACCACCUGAACUUCUCAAAGAAAUAAUUCUUGUUGAUGACUUCAGUGAAAAAGCUGCGCUAUUAAAACCGCUUGAAGAUUUUCUGAAAGCGAAUCGAAUUGAUCAUUUGGUAAAAGUGUUGAGAACAAAGAAAAGAGAGGGAUUAAUUCGAGCGAGACAACUUGGAGCUGAAAAUGCUGUUGGUGAAGUUUUGAUAUUUUUGGAUGCACAUUCGGAGGCGAAUUAUAAUUGGUUGCCACCACUUUUGGAUCCAAUUGCUGAUGAUUAUAGGUUGGUUGAAUUGGAAAAUUUUUGAAUUUUUUUGAAAAAAAAACGUGACUGAAUGUUUUCAUUGUGAAUUCAAAUGCUUCUAAAUUUCCUAAAAUUUUGAAUAAAAAAAAAUAGUUUUUUUGAUUUUGAGUUUAAAUUUAAAAACAUUCGAAAUAAUUCUUGUGUUUUUUUUCAAAAUGCCAAAAAAUAAUUAAAUUAUGUUUUUAUUUCAUCAAAAUUCCCAUAAUAAAAAUUUUUCUUACGACGAAAAUGUGUUUGUUUUUCUCAAAAAAAUACGGGAAAAAUCCAAGAUGUUUGAAUAAUCAGAAAUGUUUCAAAAAUUUCGAAAAUUUUUCAAGAAUUUUGAAAAAAAACGUGAAUUUUAACACAGAAUCUGAAUGUUUUCCUUAUAAAUUCAAAUGAUUCUAAAUUUCCUAAAAUUUUGAAUAAAAAAAUAUUUUUUUUUGAUUUUGAGUUUUAAAAACAUUCAAAAUGAAACAUUUUGUCCAAUUCUAUUUUUUUUUCAAAAUUCCGAAAAAUAAUUAAAUUAUGUUUUUAUUUCCUCAAAAUUCCCAUAAUAAAAAUUUUUCUUAUUUGUUUUUCUCAAAAAAUACAUUCCAAGAUGUUUGAAUAAUCAAAAAUGUUCCGAAUUUCUAAAAGUUCUACCAAACUUCAAAUCAACCAAACUUUUUUCCAGAACCGUCGUUUGUCCAUUUGUUGACGUCAUCGAUUGUGAAACCUACGAAAUCAAGCCACAAGAUGAAGGAGCUCGUGGUUCAUUCGAUUGGGCAUUCAAUUAUAAACGUCUUCCACUAACCAAAAAAGACCGCGAAAAUCCAACAAAACCCUUCGAUUCACCAGUUAUGGCUGGUGGUUAUUUUGCGAUUUCUGCAAAAUGGUUUUGGGAACUUGGCGGAUAUGACGAAGGAUUGGAUAUUUGGGGAGGCGAACAAUAUGAGCUUAGUUUCAAAGUUUGGCAAUGUCACGGGAAAAUGGUUGAUGCUCCUUGUAGUCGGGUUGCACACAUUUAUCGAUGCAAAUAUUCGCCGUUUAAAAAUGCAGGAAUGGGGGAUUUUGUAUCGAGAAAUUAUAAAAGAGUGGCUGAAGUUUGGAUGGAUGAAUAUAAAGAAACAUUGUAUAAACAUAGACCUGGAGUUGGAAGUGCUGAUGCUGGAAAUUUGACGAGAAUGUUGAAAGUUCGAGAGAAAUUGCAGUGUAAAAGUUUUGAUUGGUUUAUGAAGGAGAUUGCUUUUGAUCAAGAUAAAUAUUAUCCGGCUGUGCCUCCAAAACCAGCUGCUCAAGGUUAGAAAUUUUUUCUGAAACUUUUAUUUUUUUUUGGCUGUGAAACCUACGAAAUUCCGAUAAUUGUUUUAUCAAUUCAAUUUUUGUGAGAUUUUCUUCGUAAGAAAACGGCCCAGAAUAAUUCUUCCUCAUUUUCCAGGAGAACUUCGUCACAUCGCAUCUGGUCUCUGCGUCGACACUCAAUUCAAAGAGCAAAAUCAACGAUUCGGUCUCAAAAAAUGCGAAUCAGAUGACUCUGGUAAACUUCCGGGAGAGCAAGAUUUGAAGUUGACAAGAUGGCACGAUAUUCGCCCAGGAAAUCGAAAAAUCUGUUUUGAUGUUUCACAAAGUUUGGAUAAAACUCCAGUCGUACUUUUUGAUUGUCAUUCGAUGAAAGGAAAUCAAUUAUUCAAAUUGCGAGCCGAACAAAAGCAAAUAUAUCACCCGAUUUCUGGACAAUGUUUGGCUGCUGAUGAAAAUGGCACUGGUUUUGUAUUUAUGCGAAAAUGUAAUAGCACUUCGGAACAACAAAAAUGGCAAUGGCAGAAUAUUGAUUUGGAAUUGUUGAAAGAAAGACAAGAAAAUGAGCCAAAAGAAUUUGAUUAA